AUUGGAGAAGGAGAGCAUUCAGCACAGCAUUAGCGACAAAGCGAAGGCCCGAGCCCUUCAGGCCCAGCAAAGAGAGCAGGAGCUGACACAGAAGAUGCAGCAAAUGGAGGCCCAGCAUGAGAAAACUGUAAAUGAACUGGAUUCACUGCUGACCUCUCAGAAUACAUUCAUAGCAAAAUUAAAGGAAGAAUGUUGUAUGUUGGCAAGGAAGUUGGAACAAAUGUUAGAAAAAUACAGAUCUCAAGUCAACCAGCUUAGUCAGGAAAAUGAGUAUCUUCAUGGCAGAUUGGAGAAGAUGCAGAAGCGGAAUGAUGAAUUGGACCAACAGUGUAUCCAGCAUGGGAGAAUGCAUGAGAGGAUGAAGUCAAG